GCUUCCUUCAUCUUCAUCCUGAUUCCUAUAUAUCCUGUGAGAUAACCCGGGUAUAUCUGUCGAAGAUUCCAAGAUCCUGCUCUGAAGUUUUCCAUUCCUUUUCUUCUCUCCAUUUUGCCUUAUCGAUCUACUGAGAGCGGAGUAGUUGCAACAUGUAAACGGGCCCUUUGGUUGUAAAUGCCAGUGCUACUUUUCUGAAUAUCAAUCGCUUCCUGCUGUAAAGAUUUUUCUUUCCUCCCACACCUUUUUCAUUUCUCUUCUUGUCUGCAAACGUUCGACAAUGGACAGCAAACGGGGGGGUCUCCCUGAAUCCUCAGAUACAUCAGGCCAUGUAUCUGCCGUGAGAUCGUCUGAAACUGUUAGGCGUCCCGUGGUGGCUGGGCGAAGUUCGAGAAGCUACGGCACUCUGGAAUCCUCUGACGUAGGCUCUGAACAGCUUCGUGCGGAAGACGAGCAACCGGAAAGCUCAAGUCGCGCCUUUGUAUCUCAGUCGGCAUCUUCGCAGAUUGGUAGACCGAGGAAACCAUCUUUACCGCGCCGCGUUUCUUACAAGCGCCAGGGGCCGCAUAAGGGUCAGGAAUUUUCUACAGACGAUGGUCUCAAGGAGAUCGAGGAGGACAUAGCCAUGCAACAGACGGCAAACCCGCAACCUUCUCCCAGAAUCCCCCAGCCUUCUCCCAGACUGCAUCCAUUAAAGAACCCAAGUUUCAGUCUCAGGCGUAGGUCGAAUGUCCGCCCGUACACGCUGUCAGAGGAGGAUCCUGACUAUGCCGACGACGAUGAGACAAAUUUACCGGAUCCAGGUAUAGAGGCCUUUGGAGCCCAAUCAUCGUCACUGCAGUCACAGGGAAAUGAUCAGGAGGAGGAUGGGCACAGUGACGCAGAGAGUUUCACCCUCAAGGACCGACAGCAGGCUAUUAACGAAACACAUCCUUUUGGUAUUAGGAUAUGGAAACCAGCGCUGUACAAGAAGAGACGCUCUGUCGAGAAAACUGCUGAGGGCGAUAUCCAUUCAUCCCCUGGUGGUCGUGUCAGCAAUAUGCUAUUCUUAUUCAACUUGCUGUGGUCCUUGUUCUUUGGGUGGUGGCUUGCCCUUGCAGCACUUACGGGUGCUGUCGCAUGCUUUAUCUUCGCAUACUCUCCUAGCGCUGCUGCUUACGGAAGAGUCUUCUUAGGUAUCUCUUGGUAUAUAUUCUAUCCGUUCGGAUCCUUUGUUCGCCUGGAAACCGAUGAGCAUUAUGCAGAAGAAGACGAGGGCGAAGGGCGAAGUAUCAGUGAGUAUGAGCAAUGGCAAAAUGGGGAUCUUGAGCAUGGAAGGCUCUUCUUCGGUCCCCGCAGUAGUCGAUCUCUGGUUGGUAGGAGAAGGAAUAGCAUCGAUUCAGCCAGCGAACAUGACAGCCUUCUUGGACGGACCAGAAGGGAUAAUCGCCAAGACAGCUCCCUGACACACUCCAAGCGUCGUCUUUUUGGCCGUGGCGAAUGGACGUUAGGCCGUGUUGUAUUCUUCGUCUUCUUUUACUUUUUAGUUGGGCCCUUGAUGCUCUUGGUAUCUCUGACCUGCUGGAUGCUUGUUUUCUGGAUUCCAAUGGGACGUGUGACGAUUAUCUUGUUUGACCACCUUCGUCGCCACCCUCUAGCCCUGUCAUUCCAUUCGGAUACGGCAUACACCAGAUUCUCUUCGGGCUCUUCAUCUUCAGUUCUCCUUUGCACCUACCGCGCUGCCGGUACACGAUACUGGAAGUAUACAGUUGAUGGAACGAAUAUCUUCUUCAUAAAUCUUCUCGGCAUCGUCCUAUUCGUCAUCUUUGAUUACUGGUUUCUGGAUGAAACCUUAGGCCUGCACGCGUGGUUUACCCAUCCGGGCUUGAUCUUCACGUUGGCCCUUUUUUCCAUCAUCCCUUUGGCAUACUUCAUUGGUCAGGCCGUUGCAUCGAUUUCUGCUCAGUCGUCUAUGGGCAUGGGCGCAGUGGUCAAUGCCUUUUUCUCAACAAUAGUGGAGGUCUAUCUGUACUGCGUUGCUCUGACAGAGGGUAAGUCCCAACUGGUAGAAGGCAGCAUUAUUGGCAGUAUCUUUGCAGGUAUUCUUUUUCUCCCAGGGCUGUCUAUGUGUUUCGGUGCAAUCAAACGUAAGACUCAGAGAUUCAAUGUCAAGUCUGCCGGCGUCACUUCCACUAUGUUGCUAUUUGCUAUGAUUGCUGCGUUUGGUCCUACGCUAUUCUAUCAGAUCUACGGCAGCCAUGAAUUAAAAUGCCGGCCCUGCAAUGUGCCUGUUGAACUCGCAGGGCCAGAUUGUCGCCGCUGUUAUUUCUCUCAGGUUCCAGCUGUGGACGACACAUUCUUCCAGAAGGCUGUGCAACCUUACUCGUGGUUUGCUGCCUUGUUCUUAUUCCUAUCCUACAUGAUCGGUCUGUGGUUUACUCUCAGGACCCAUGCGGCUCUCAUAUGGGCUACAGAGAUCGAAGAGAAAAAGGUUGCAAAUGCUCUGCAGGCAACUGGACCCUAUGAACCACGGCAUUUGCUUUUCCAACAUGGAUCGCAGAAUGUCACCGGCGCAGAAUAUAACCAUAAAGGUUCCAUCCGUGAGUCGCAAUUAUAUAAGCGCAUUUUAGGGCAGUCUCUAAACCAGGUCGGUCUGGCAAGUAGUAGCGCAGACAACGCCUGGGGUCAGACAGAGGGCAACUCUGAGGCUGAUAGCACAACGCUGCACGUUGUCCCUCCACCACCCGAAAGUAAUAAUGAUGAUACAGGGUUGAAAGACAAUAAUAAAUUGUCAAAAGAUGAAAAUGAAAGAUUGGUGCGUCAUGUAACCGAGGUCGCAGCAACUGUUGCCGCCAUGGCUGCGCGUGAGGGAACGCAGGGCCGAAAGUCUCCUACUCAAGAAUUGCCAAACCAAGGCAGCAAUAGUAAGGCUUUUGCCCAGCAGGCAAACGUUGUUCCCGAAGAGAACGACGAUGUCGGUUUCUCUGCGCACCCGGGCGGCGGUGGACAUGAUGCACCUAACUGGGGUAGGACUAAAAGUUCGGUCAUUCUCCUGGUUGCCACUCUUCUCUAUGCAAUCAUAGCAGAAAUUCUCGUGAAUACGGUAGACGUGGUCUUGGAGAGCGUUGACAUCGACGAGAAAUUUCUCGGCAUUACUCUUUUCGCUCUCGUACCAAAUACCACUGAGUUUUUGGUACGGACUUGAGUUCCCCCAUCUUUCAUCCUUUAGUAUGGAUUUUUUUCGCUAACAGGUCGAGAUCUGGAUAGAAUGCUAUUUCUUUUGCAAUGAACGGCAACAUCGCGUUAUCCAUGGAAAUCGGUUCUGCCUACGCCUUGCAAGUUUGCCUUUUGCAGAUCCCUGCUCUGGUACUCUUCAGUGCCGUGUAUUCACGUUUAAUUGAGCCGUCGGAACUUCUAGCUCAUACAUUCAAGUAAGUGGUAUUAUCACAGGCAGCAUUUUUUAAGACAGCUCUUUCUUACAUUGCUCAUUGUGCAGUCUUAUCUUCCCCCAAUGGGAUAUGGUCACCGUCAUCCUUUGCGUUUUUCUCUUAUCCUACGUAUAUGGAGAAGGGAAGAGCAAUUACUUUAAAGGCUCUAUUCUCGUGCUCACGUAUCUCGUGGUUGUGAUCGGUUUCUAUUUAUCCGGCUAUAAUACGAUGGACAUCAUGGGAGUGGACCGUUUCGAUACGCUCGCCCUCGGUCCAGAGAAGUCCUAUCUCGCCGGUAGUCCAGGUGACGCGGUGACGUUCGAGUCACAUUCUAGCGCACUAUAGCGAUUCGGCGAGAUCUCUUUUCUUCAGCUUUGUUUUGCAUAAAUUUGCCUCCGAGUAACCAGAUAAAUAACUUCAAUUGAAUUGUAUAAAGUCUG